AUGCUUAUAACAUCAUCUGCAAACAGAAGUUCAGCCGGAGCUGCAAUAGGAGGUGUGGGAUUAAUACUAAGUCCCAGUGCAUAUGACUCCCUAGCUAGCAUGAGAUCACAUUCUGACCGAAUACUCGUCGCAAACUUUCAAGGAAACCCUGCAACUACAGUCAUUACAACUUAUUGCCCAACCAACGUAGUGAACGAGGAUAUCAUUGAAGGACACUAUGACAAUUUAAGAAGAGCAAUUGACUCCGUACCAGCACACAAUGUUCUUCUUGUGGUUGGAGACUUCAAUGCCAGAAUUGGACCUGAGGAUGCUAAAUACACUUACCAUGAAACAACCAACAGAAAUGGAAAGUACUUAGUGGACAUGGCAGUUGAAAAGAACCUAGUUAUAGCAAGUGGUCAGUACUGUAAGAAGAAAGGGAAAUUGUGGACCUAUAUUAGCCCAUGUGGAAGUAAAUGCCAACUGGAUUAUAUACUAAUAAGGAAAAAGUGGAGGAACAGCUUGAAUAAUGUCGAGGCGUAUAGUACUUUUGCCAGUGUAGGAUCCGACCAUAGAAUAGUAUCUGCAAGAGUCCGUUUGAGCCUUCGAAAGAGCAAAACCUUGGCAAAAGGAAAACAGCACGAUUGGAAACUUCUCAGCACUGACAACCACCUUCAGAAGCUAUACAGCAUUGAAGUCCGCAACAGGUUCCAGCCCCUAGAGAAGGAGGAAGAAUCGGCUACCGAGAGGUAUGAGCGAUUCAUAACAGCACAUAAGGAGGUUACUGAGAAAGUUAUCCCAGUGAAAAAGAAGACAAGAAAGUUGCAUUUUCCCAACGAUACACGUGUAAUCAGUGCUAGAAAUAAGAUCAAUAAAGCCUACAUGGAGUACCAGAAAGAUACAACUGAUGAAAAUCGGCAGAUCUACAAGCAAGCCAAGCACAACCUUGAGGAAGCAUACAAUGUAGUUAUAGAAGAAGAUCUUGAUAGUAAACUAAAAGAUGUGGAGAGAGCGCAUGCCAACAGUAAACAUGGGCAGAGCUGGAGACUCAUAAAUGACAUAACCGGAAGGAAAGCAUCCCCGAAAGGGCAGUUAAAAGGAGACACACAGAAAGACAGGGUCAUAAACUGGUUCAACCACUUCAAGAAUCUUCUCGGAAGCCCUCCUGAUAUAGAUGAUGAGGAUGAAGAAAUUCUGCCUAUACUAGAGAGUCUGAACAUCAAGACAGGGCCAUUUGAUCGUAAAGAAUAUUCAAAGGCAAUAAAGUCACUAGUAGAAGGGAAGAGCUUUGGGGAAGAUGGCAUACCACCAGAGGUUCUAAAAAGAUGUGACCUGGAUGAAAUAAUUCUGAGUUUCUGCAACAACGCACUGAUCAAUGAAGAAAAGCCCCACCAAUGGUCCAUACUGAACAUUGUACCAAUACCAAAGUCUGGAGACCUGAGCCAAGGAGGAAACUAUCGAGGAAUCAGUCUAAGCUCCAUCGUGGCCAAAACUUUCAAUAGAUUGAUUUUGAACAGGAUCAGACCUGUACUUGAUAGUCACCUGAGAACCAACCAAAAUGGAUUCAGAGUUGGAAGGACCACAGUGGGACAUAUUUUGGCACUUCGCAGGCUUAUAGAAGGAGUAAAAGAAAAUCAGCUCCCGGCUAUUAUCACAUUUAUUGACUUUCGCAAAGCCUUCGAUACCAUCCACAGAGGCAAGAUGUUGAAGAUCCUUACUGCAUAUGGCAUACCGGAACAACUGGUGAAUGCUAUUGGCAAGAUGUACGAAGACACCAAAGCAAAAGUAAUAUCACCUGAUGGAGAGACUGACCUCUUUGAAAUCAUGGCUGGUGUGCUUCAAGGUGACACGCUUGCACCUUACCUAUUUGUAAUAGUCCUCGAUUAUGCCUUGCGAGCAGCUAUAGACGGCCAUGAAGAAGAACUUGGAUUCCAACUAGAAAGAAGGAGAAGUAGGAGAGUUGGUCCGGAAAUCAUAACAGACCUAGAUUUCGCUGAUGACAUAGCCCUGCUAUCUGAGGAAUUAGAGCAAGCCCAAAAACUGCUGAGCAGGGUGGAGACAUCGGUAGGCAAGGUCGGGCUCCGGAUGAAUUCAGGCAAAACCAAGUUCAUGUCAUUCAAUCACAGGGGGAUCAUCACUAUAAAAACAAAUGAUGAAAUUCAGUUGGAGAAUGUACCUGAUUUCAAGUACCUGGGAGCAUUGAUGGUGAGCACAGAAAAAGAUGUGAAAGCUCGUAAGUCAGCAGCAUGGAGAGCGUGUAGCAAGCUUGGAAGAAUCUGGAAAUCUUCUCUUCCUAGGCAGUUCAAACAACGUUUGUUUGUUGCUACAGUUGAAUCUGUGCUUCUAUACGGCUGCGAAGCAUGGGCAGUUACAACAAAGCUGGCAAAAGAAUUAGAUGGUUGCUACACCAGACUUCUUAGGACAGCAUUCAACGUGCACUGGAACCAGCAUAUGACCAAUAAAGAGCUGUACGGGAAGGAUCUACCAAAAGUAUCAGAAAAGAUCAAAAAAAGAAGACUACGUUUUGCAGGACACAGCUGUAGGAACAUCAAUGAACCAAUAUCUCAGCUUAUACUCUGGAAGCCUAAACACGGGAAGAGGAAACCUGGAAGACCUCAUCUUACUUAUACAGACCUACUCAAGAAGGAUACGGGACUUGAACUGUCAGAGAUAAAAGCAGCCAUGCUGGACAGGAAUCUAUUCGGGAUAGGUAGUAUAUCUGCAACGCUAGGGUCGUCAGAAAGACAAACCAAGUCACGAGAGACUACUGCAGACACUGAUCAACCACUUGCACACGACCAGUCCGGCAAGAACCACGGAGAUGUGGCGAAUGAAUGCACAGACCAACUUUCUGAAGAGGUAUCAAACCACACCACUGAUGGUGUACAUGGCUCAUCCGAUGAUAUGCUCUAUGGAGCAACUGGACCUGAAGACCCUCAGGGAGAAGUUGAAGCGGAAGGGUCUUUAGGAGGACAGACAAAGACACGGACGACUACUUCAACCAGUGAUCAACCUCCUGAAGAGGACAAGUCCUUCAAGAACCACAGGGAGGAAGUGAGUGAAGGAACGGACCAAAAUCCUCAAGAAUCACCAACAAACAGUUUCGAAGAUGAUUUACAAGAAACGUCUAUAGAUGUAUCUUCUACCAAGCCGUUUGACGAGGGAUGUGACACAAUGGAUGACAGGGAUGUAGAAUAUGUCACCAUUAACUAUAGCGACUUGCUUUCUAAUCUUGCCGUGACCGAGACAUCUUCAGAUAAUCUAUUGAUUCUUUUCUUCCUGAAAUUAAUCAUUGAUGUUCCUCAAAAAGCAUUUGGUUGA